AUGUAGAAUCAAAAGCCUCCAAAUUACGCCGAGGGUACGGCCGAUGCCCUGACUAUAAAUUAAAUAAUAAAGAUGGUACACGAACAGGUGUACUUGCUGAGGUAACGAGUCCCAAACGUAAAGGUGAUGAGCCAAAAAUAUAUUGGGAUAUCUGUCGAGGAGCAAUAAACGCAAAAGACGAAAUAGACCAAGACAUAAAACAAAACGAAAUAUGUCCGGAUGAAGCAAAGCGAAUCAUCAUUUUCAUCGUCGGAUUUAAAAUGAGUGUAUGCAUCUUAGGCCUUUUGUCACCGGGUAUAUAUAUAUUGGCAGAAGUAGAUUCGUUAAUUAUUCCAAAAACCGUUAGGAACCCAGA